AUGACUUGCGUCAAGACAGUUAAUUACUCUAUUAUGCUUAAUGGGGAAUCUAUGGAACCCUUUAAUGCAGCUAGAAGCCUGAAGCAAGGGGAUCCAAUAUCUCUUUUUCUCUUUGCUAUUGCUAUGGAAUACUUGAGUAGGCUGCUUAAUGGACUGAAGGAAGAGAAAGGUUAUAAAUUUCACCCAAGAUGUGGGAAGCUGGGCAUUACUCACCUGAGUUUUGCUGAUGACCUGUUGUUAUUUGCCAGAGGGGACAAAAACUCCAUUCAAAAACUGCAAGCUUGUUUUGCAACUUUCUCAGAAGCAUCAGGGAUGAAGGCUAAUAUGGCUAAGAGUAUAGUGUAUUGUGGAGGCAUCAACACUAAGGAGAAGGCUGAAAUAAUACAACUGCUGGGCCACAGUCUAGGAAAACUGCCUUUUAAAUAUCUAGGAGUUCCACUUGACACAAAGAAGUUGACUGUGGUGCAAUGGCAGCCGCUUAUUGGGAGAAUAGUGUCUAAGAUUACAUCUUGGACUACAAAAAAGCUGUCAUAUGCCAGAAGAAUUCAGCUGGUGCAAUCAGUGAUUUUUGGCAUGCAAUCAUAUUGGUCACAAAUCUUCACAUUACCAGUUAAAGUCACAAAACUAAUAGAAGCUUAUUGCAGAAGCUAUAUGUGGUCGGGGAGGAAUGAGAUCACUAGGAAAGCAUUAAUUGCCUGGGAGAAGAUAUGUCAACCUAAAGCAGCAUGUGGACUCAAUCGACACAACCUACAGAUAUGGAAUAAGGCAGCAAUUGCAAAGACAUAUUGGGAUCUUAGCCAAAAACGUAUUACAUCAAAGGGCAAAAUGUAG